AUGGUGCCCUUUCCUUUCUCGAUUCCCAGCUCACCCCUCCAAAAGAACAAUACACUCUCUGGUCUGUACGAGGCGCACGCUUUGCACGUCACGAAUGUUUUCUUUGCCGAGUCACUCAAGCAAGAGAUCUAUAAGACCUGGCCGUACAACCAGGACCCCAACAACUACACCACAAACGCCGAUGACGUUUUCCUGCCGGAGAUCGUCAAAGCCGGUGUCGACCCGAUUAUGCAGUAUGUGUAUGUGGGCGACAAAAUAAGCGAUGGCCUUUUCGUAUGGAUUACUCUCGGCAUUAAUGCCACCAAGAACCAGUCUGUGGGUCCGGUUGUCUAUGACACUGCAGAGGGGCUGGUGCCGAACCCAGUUCCUUACAAUAAAAGAUCCACGGACUAG